AUGCUCUUCCCUCUCUUGUGGUGGAAUUUCAGAGUCUUUGUGCUCUCUCUCCUUCUGAAGAAAAGCCUCUCCUUAAACCCAGAUGAUCCAAAUGUUUGCAGCCACUGGGAAAGCUACGCCGUGACUGUUCAGGAGUCCUAUGCACAUCCCUUCGAUCAGAUCUAUUAUACAAGAUGCACAGAUAUCCUCAACUGGUUCAAGUGCACUCGGCACAGAAUCAGUUAUAAAACGGCCUAUCGGAGGGGGCUGAGGACGAUGUAUCGGCGACGGUCUCAGUGCUGCCCAGGAUAUUACGAGAGUGGGGACUUCUGCAUCCCUCUCUGUACUGAAGAAUGUGUCCACGGACGGUGUGUGUCUCCCGACACCUGUCACUGUGAACCAGGAUGGGGAGGGCCAGACUGCUCCAGCGGUUGUGAUCAGGACCACUGGGGCCCCCACUGCAGCAACCCUUGCCAAUGCCGGAAUGGAGCCCUGUGCAACCCCAUCACUGGUGCCUGCGUGUGCGCACCAGGGUACAAAGGAUGGCGCUGCGAGGACUUGUGCGAGCCGGGAACUUACGGGAAAGGCUGCCUGCUCAAGUGCCAGUGUCAUAAUGGGGCAACCUGUGACCACAACACAGGAGAAUGUCAUUGUGCACCUGGAUACACGGGAGUUUUUUGCGAAGAGCCAUGUCCUCCAGGCAGCCACGGAGUCCAGUGCGAACAGCGAUGCCCCUGCCAAAAUGGAGGGACCUGCCACCACAUCACCGGAGAAUGCACCUGUCCCCCAGGAUGGAUGGGUUCUGUGUGCGCGCAGCCUUGCCCAUCAGGAACAUAUGGGGUUAACUGCAGCCAAGAAUGCCCCUGCCACAAUGGAGGACAAUGCGAUCACGUGACAGGGGUCUGCCUGUGUACUGCAGGGUAUAUGGGAGACAGGUGCCAGGAGGAGUGUCCAGUGGGGACAUUUGGCUUCCAGUGUAUGGAGAAGUGUAACUGCGAGAACAGAGCCAAGUGCUACCAUGUCAACGGAGCGUGUCUGUGCGAUCUGGGCUUUAAGGGCAUCCAUUGUCAGGAGCGGAUCUGUCCCGAGGGAUACUACGGACUGAAAUGCAACAAAUGGUGUCCAUGUCACGCUACUAACACAGUCAGUUGCCAUCCUCUGUCUGGCGAAUGCAACUGCAAAGCUGGCUGGGCAGGGCUCUUUUGCAACGAAACGUGUGCACCAGGGUUCUACGGUGAAAGUUGUCGCCUUGUUUGCCAUUGUCAAAAUGGAGCGGAUUGUGACAGCAUCACAGGGAAAUGCACCUGUGGACCGGGAUAUAUGGGAGAGAUCUGCUCGGUUACGUGCCCUCCCGGGAGCUAUGGAAUCAAUUGCUCUUUGGUCUGCAACUGCAAAAAUGAUGGCAUGUGUUCCCCGGGAGAUGGCUCCUGCUUCUGCAGAGAAGGCUGGCAGGGAACCGACUGUUCCAUUCCAUGCCCGAGCAACACGUGGGGUCUGAAUUGCAACCAGACAUGUUAUUGUGCCAAUGGAGCUGCCUGUGACCCUGUGGAUGGAUCUUGCCUUUGUGGUCCUGGGUGGCAAGGAGAAAUCUGUGACCAGCCCUGCCCUGAUGGGACGUACGGCCUGAACUGCAGCGAACGUUGUGAUUGUGACCACGCCGAUGGCUGUGAUCCUUUGACUGGCUAUUGCUGCUGCCUUGCUGGCUGGACAGGCAUCCAUUGCGACAGUGUGUGCUCGCCUGGCCGUUGGGGACCCAACUGCUCCAUUGCCUGUAACUGUGAAAAUGGAGGUUCCUGUUCUCCAGAAGAUGGAAUCUGUGAGUGCGCCCCAGGCUACCGAGGGCCCAUGUGCCAGAGAAUUUGCCCCCCUGGGUUCUACGGGCUUCAGUGCAACCAGAUUUGUCCAGAAUGUCUUCACAGCACACUUCCCUGCCAUCAUGUCACAGGCCAGUGUGAUUGCCUCCCAGGGUUUUUCGGGCCCCUCUGCAACCAAGUGUGUCCAAGUGGGAGAUAUGGGAAAGAUUGCGCUAACUUGUGCUUGUGUACAAACAACGGGACCUGCAAUCCUACUGAUGGCUCGUGUCAGUGUUUCCCAGGAUGGAUCGGCAAAGAUUGCUCACAAACUUGUCCAGUUGGCUUCUGGGGCAGCGAUUGUUUUCAUUCGUGCAGUUGUCACAAUAGUGGGACGUGCAGCCCCCACAAUGGAGAAUGCCGCUGUACUCCUGGCUGGACGGGGCCCUACUGUUCUCAGAGGUGCCCAGCUGCCUUUUUUGGAAAGAACUGUGCCAACGUCUGCCAGUGCCAGAACGGGGCCGACUGCGACCACAUCACCGGGCAGUGCACCUGCAGAACGGGCUUCACCGGAAAACAGUGCGAGCAGAAGUGUCCACAAGGAACGUUUGGUUACGGCUGCCAGCAGCUCUGCGAAUGUAUGAAUAACGCCACCUGUGACUAUGUUACAGGGACCUGUUACUGCAGCCCCGGGUUCAAGGGAAUCAGGUGCGAUCAAGCGGCUCUCAUGAUGGAAGAAUUAAAUCCCUAUACUAAAAUUAGCCCAGCUCUUGGAUCUGAGAGGCAUUCAGUGGGAGCAAUCUCUGGAAUUAUUAUCCUCCUGCUAAUUAUUAUGGUUUUGCUGGCACUGUUUGUGUGGUAUCGACGUAAGCAGAAGAAAGGGCACGACAUGCCAAGCGUCUCGUACACUCCGGCCAUGAGGAUGACCAACACCGAUUACUCACUCUCCGACUACGUGAAGGAAUCUGCCCAUAGCUCCAGCUCCGCUUCCCUCAACAGCAGCGAAAACCCCUACGCCACCAUCCGAGACCCUCCCAUCCUGACCCGCAAACCGCCCGAGAACAGCUAUGUGGAAAUGAAGUCUCCUGCCCACCGGGACGCGUCGUAUUUGGACAUGCCAACCUCCUCGCCGGCUCACAAAAACAUCUACGACGUUGAGCCCACGGUCAGCGUGGUCCAAGAGAUGCGUCUCCGCAAUGCUGGUUACAUCCAAAACCCAUACGAUCUUCCCAGAAACAGCCACAUCCCCAGCCACUAUGACAUUGUCCCGCUAAGGCACAGCCCAACUCAUGGGACACUCUGGGAUAAGCCUUCUUAA